AUUAGAGCGACCUGCUCAUUAUCAUGCACAAAGACCUGCUCUCUAGAAUAUAUAUACGCCGGCAAUUGAAUUUCCAUUAAUUAUUAUUGCGCUCAACGCGAGACAAGAGCAUACAGAAGUACAAAAGUCUGCUGUUGUGCCUUAGUGAGAAUCCUUUUAUGGACGCACAUAGAGGAUGAGUGUUUCUGAAGCCAAAAACAUUCAGGAUGAGUAUGAGGAUGACUUUGAGAAAGACCUGGACUGGCUUAUCAGUGAGGAGGGCAAGGGCAAAGAACAGGAUCCUGAUGAUAAUGACACUGAAGCUCAAAUAGACAAAAAGCUUGAAGAAGAUGAUCUUAAAGAAGAUAGAAAGAAGGAUGUUCGCAAAGACAGGGAUUUGGAUGAUGAAGAAGGGGAGGAAAGGUGGCCAACGCCUAUAGAGCCAUUAGACGGUUCGUUAGAUCUGGACAGGGUCAACCUUGUAACCUCUCCGCUGUCUGAAGACCUCGAUGAAGAGAAGAAAUACAUUUUGGAAAAGAUACAUGAGGCUAACAGACAACUGCAGGACCAGGAAGCUCCAGACCAAAGCCGUCAUAGACGUCUGCAGUUUAAAAACACUUUGGUGGACCUGGUGAUGCCUGCUCAGGAGACUGACCCUUAUGAGAGCAACAGCUCCCUCUCUAGGGACUUAGAGGAAGAGGGAGAAGUGUCUGGACAAAUGCAGAGAUUGAAUAUUUCUCUGCGAGAAGAAAGCGAGUCAGUAGACCCAGAGGAUGAGCACAGCGAGGGAGCCAAGAAGGGACGGGUUUUGGUUGAAAAAGAUGGAAAGUUUGACCUAGUAAGUCUAAAGGAGGUAGAAAGUCAAGGGUUGCUACCUCCCUUGCCAGUGUCUCACGUCGACAAUCAACGAGGAUCCUCACGGCAAAGUGAUCCUGGCCUCCAUCUCAGCAAGAGUCCAGUCUCCUCACCAAGACAAAAUUCUACCUCACCUUUUCCUCCUGGCAUUGACUCUUUGUACAUUCCCAAACCUCCACCGAAGCACAGGAGUAGGCCCAGUUCUUCAAGACCAUCUCAAAGAAGAACAUGGGUCCAGGGUACCAAACGCAGGGUCCAGUCGGCAAGUGGAACACCCUCACAUGCCACAUUUACAAUUACACCACAGCAGAAUGAAAUGUUGAUGAAACUUCAACAGCGGAGAGAGAGACAAGCUAAAGAGGAAGAGCAUAAGAAAAAAGAGGAAGAGGAACAAAAGCGUCAGGAGAAUGAAACUGCCUUCCGAUCGUGGCUUAUGAGGAAGAGAGGGCAACUGCAGGACCAGAGGAGGGUCCAGAAAGCCCAGGAUAUGGAGAGAAUGAGCUGCAUGAGGGACAAUGGAGACCCAGAGGAGGCCUUUAAAAUUUGGCUCCAGAAGAAACAAGAACAGCAGCUGAAAGAGAAGCAUCUAGAGGAGAUGAAGAAACGGGAAAAGGAGAGCGGCUUUUGCCUGCACAGCCGAGAAGAGAGUGAAAAAGCUUUCAGACAGUGGUUGAGACGUAAGCGGGCAGAGAAAAGAGUGGAACAGCAGGCGGCAGGAGAGGGCUCCCGCAGGCUGGUGCUGGAAGAGCGAAGAGCCAGACGCAUAUAUGACCUCUUCUGCACUGUCAAUGAGAUCAAACCCUUACGAUUCAGUGACCCCUACAGCUACCGCUACUGAACACCUCCCACUGUACAUGUGACCAUUGUUAUAACCUCAGAGAUCAAUUCAUUCAAACAAUCACUGUGGUCACCCAUCAGUAUCUGUGGUUUGAUUUGUAUACAACUUCUCUUAGUGAUACAGAAGAUGAAAGAACAUGUGGUUGUUAGGAACACAAAGAAAGAGCUAAAAGAGCUCCAAUCCUUUUUUAUCUCCAAUUCAUCCCUUUUCAAAAUACAGAGAUGACACAGUUGCUCUAGUGGAUGUUCCUGUUCCAAAUAACUUUAGGCACUUAAAAUAAUUGCUACACCAAGAUGAUUUAAUGGAGUUUAUGCUGAAUCAUCAAAUUCUUAAUUUUUGUGUAGCUAGCUUCCCUGUAGAUUUGCCACGUGUCCGCUGCGGGCAUCACUAGUGUGCUUUACAACUACUGAAGGAAAUGCAAAAGUUCUGAUAGCAAGAAUGGGAGCAAGGCUACACAUCUGGAAUAUCUCCUGGGCUUUCAUAACACCUAGCAGAGUUCUGUGAACUAUAUGUGCCACAGGCAUUCUGAAUGGUCAGUUCUGAUCUGUUGUUCAGCAUUCCAGUGCUCGUAAGGUAUACAGUAUGUGUGUCAAGAUUUUUCUAUGUUGACAUUGUUUGAAUGAUAGCUAAGUGCAAGGGGAAAUGAGAAAAGAGUGGAUUGUGUUGUUUCUCAUGUUCAUGGAAAUCAAGCCAGUCAAUCUAAAAUAAAAAUAGUGUUUUAUG